CUCGGCUGGGGCCUCGGGGGAGGAAACCGGCGGCCGAAGCAAAGCAACUCCCUCCUCGCUCCCCUAGUGUCCCCCUAUGCCCCUACCCACAUUACACGAGCGCGGGAGCUCGGAGCCUCGGAACUGGAAGCAGAUGGAAUCCUACUGGUGGCCUCGCGCGGCAAGCAACCGAAGGUUGCGCGCGGCACGCCGAUUCCUUCCUUCCCUUCGCGGCCGCGCGUCCCCCCUUAAACUGGGCGCCGUCGCUCUAGCUAGCCCAGCCACGGUUCGGUUCGGUUCGGUUGCCGCGACCAAGAGCAAGAGCAGGAGCAGGAGUGGGCGCGAUGGGGGAGGAGGCGUCUCUCGCGCACACGCCCACCUGGGUGGUGGCCGCCGUCUGCCUCGCCAUCGUCUCCGUCUCCCUCGCCGCCGAGCGCUUCCUCCACUACCUCGGCAAGAGCUAAUGCUUCUAGGCUUCAUUUCCUUCCUCCUGAGUCUCUCCCAGGGUUUUAUUAUUCACAUUUGCAUUCCAGAAACUUCUACACAUUUCAUGCUUCCAUGCAAGAAAGAGAACCUUAGAGCUGCAGAAGAAGGUGCCAAACUUUGCAAGCGAAAGGGUGAUGUUCCCUUGCUAUCAUUAGAGGCAUUGCAUCAGCUGCACAUCUUCAUAUUUGUACUUGGUUUAGUCCAUGUUGUGUUCUGCGCUACAACAAUAUUACUUGGUGGAGCGAAGAUAAAAAAGUGGAAGCAUUGGGAGACAGGAAUUCACCAAGAAAUACAAGUGAAAUUACGUCAAGCAGAGCUUGAAAGAAAAGAUACACCAUUGAAUACUUUGCUACAUCGGAAUCAUCAACGCAAAUUUGUCAGUGACCGAACAAAUGGAUUUUGGAUGAAGCUGGCUGUUGUAAGCUGGAUAAUUGCAUUCUUGAAUCAAUUUUACGAUUCAGUGAGUAAAUCAGAUUAUGAAGCGCUUAGAUCAGCAUUUGUCUUGAUACACUACCCCAAAAAACCAGACUUUGAUUUCCACAAAUACAUGAUGCGCGUUCUUGAACACGAUUUUAAGAGGGUUGUUGGUAUCAGCUGGUAUAUGUGGCUUUUCGUCAUCUUCUUCCUGUUGCUGAACAUAAAUGGAUGGCACACAUACUUCUGGUUAGCUUUCUUGCCUCUGUUUCUCCUGCUUAUUGUUGGUGCGAAGCUAGAGCACAUUAUUACUCGGUUAGCUCAAGAGGCAGCAACAUCACUAUCACAUGAAACAGAGAGAGCUCCAAAACUAAAGCCAUCCAAGGAACAUUUUUGGUUUCGCAAACCUGGACUUGUCCUUCAUUUGAUCCAUUUCAUCCUAUUCCAGAACUCCUUCGAGAUUGGUUUUUUCUUCUGGGUCUUGGUAUCAGAAGGGUUCGGUUCAUGCAUGAUGGAAGAGAAGGCUUAUGCCAUUUCCAGACUUGUUAUCGGAGUGAUCAUCGAAGUUAUCUGCAGCUACAUCACUCUGCCACUAUACGCCAUCGUUACUCAUAUGAGUGGAUACAUCAAGCUGGAAGGUUUUGGCUCGGGCCUGCACGAGGCUGUCCAGAUCUGGGCCACCGACGCUCGGAGUGAGCAAAGCUGGAAGAAGACCGGCGGCGACCCCGACACCGGAGCGGGGGUAGAGGUAUCCCGGGCGCCCAACCAACGCUUCGGGAUCGGGAGCUCCCGCAGCAUGCUGACGGCGACGCCGCCCCCUGACCUGGACGAGAUCGUCACUGUCGACGACGGUCCCGACAGGCAGCCGUAGGUGAAGGACGACAGACAGCAGCAGGCUAGCUGCCGCGCUGGCCUUCCCCUGCCGCUGCCAGGUGCCGUGCACGGCGGUUCGAUGCGAAAAUUCCUCGUGUCGGGGCCGGGCCGGGCCGCGCAGACGCGUCUGAUCCCGUGCUGUAACGUCAACGCCUGGUGUAACGGUACGGGACGGACGGGACGCGUCCCUGGCAGCCCCGGCUGGCAGGCGUCGUGGCAUGUCAGGUGUUGGAAGUUGCCCCUGGCCCGGCAUGUCUGCCUCGUGCGGGAGUCGUAAUUCCACUUGAAUUCAACUUUUGUAAGGUCGUCAGUAUAGCUAGCCGUUCCAAGCUGAAACUGUAGAUCACAGUCAGAAGCGAAAAUUCCACCAGCCCGGGUUGGAUGGAUGUAAGAUGCGAGGGGUAUUUAAAAAAUCAUAGGUAGAUUUAUAUCGUGAGUAUAGGUUGUGUUGAGAUUUAUAUUGGAGUGGUAGUUAAAAAAUAUCAUACUGGA